AUGCUUCUCAAGUCCGUCAUCGCCUCGGCGGCGUUCCAGCUCGCGGCCGCGCAGGAGCUGAUGCGCUUUGGCUGCUCCCAGCUGACCAUUGACCGCAUCGACCCCCUCGUCAACCCGGGCGACCUGCCGUCGGCGCACAUGCACCAGAUCGUCGGCGGCAACUCGUUCAACGCGUCCAUGACGCCGUCGGUCCACGACCCGCCGACGCUGUCGACGUGCACCUCGUGCACGUACAACGAGGACUUUUCCAACUACUGGACGGCCAACGUCUACUUCCGCGCCAAGAACGGCACGUUCAAGCGCGUGCCCCAGGUCACCAACCUGGGCCUCGGCGUCAAGGGCGGCGCCACCAUCUACUACAUCCGCGGCUACCAGGCGAGCGCCAAGGUGACGGCCUUCAAGCCGGGCUUCCGCAUGAUUGUCGGCGACCCCAUGAACCGCAAGGCCAGCGCCGUGCCGCGCGGCGUGUGCUUCCGCUGCGAGAGCAACAUGCAGCAGAGCCCCUUUGGCGGCGCCCCCUGCACGGGGUCCGACGUGGCCGGGUUCCCCAAGAGCCCGUGCGGCGGCGGCUGGCGCGUGACGGUGACGUUCCCGUCGUGCUGGGACGGCAAGAACACGGACAGCCCGGACCACCGGUCGCACAUUGCGUACCCGUCGUCCGGCACCUUUGAGAGCGGCGGCGCGUGCCCGUCGACGCACCCGGUCAAGAUCCCGCAGGUCAUGUACGAGGUCAUGUUCGACACGCGGCAGUUCAACAACAAGGCCGACUGGCCCACGGACGGCAGCCAGCCCUUCUUCUGGAGCAUGGGCGACAAGACGGGCUACGGCAUCCACGGCGACUACCUCUUUGGCUGGAAGGGCAACGCGCUGCAGAAGGCCAUGGACUCCAAGUGCUCCGGCGACAACUGCGCCGCUCUGACGCGCCAGGCCAACGACAAGGCCGUCGCCUGCACCAAGGCCCAGAUGGCCCACGAGAGCAUUGGCGACGACAAGUGGCUCUCCGGCCUGCCGGGUAUCGACCCCGCUACCUACUAA